AUGCCUACAUACAAAGCGUUGCGAUUCCACGGGCAGAAAGACAUCAGAAUAGACAGUUUAGAAGAGAGGCCCUGCGGCCCUCGCGAGGUGCGAGUUGCCGUCGCCUUCUGCGGAAUCUGUGGCACCGACAUCCAUGAGUUCCUGGGAGGCCCGAUCUUUGUACCCGCACAAGGCUCAAAACACCCUCAUACAGGCGUGGAGAUGCCUAUCACCCUCGGGCACGAGUUCUCGGGCACGAUUACGGAGGUCGGAAGCGAAGUGCCUGGAUUCCGAGUAGGUCAGGAGAUCGCGGUGAACCCUACCGUAGACGAUCGUCACCACGGACAAGAGCUGUGCGCACGAUGCCGCAACGGUCGGCCAAACAUCUGCCAGCGUUGGGCAUGCUAUGGACUCAACGGGAAUGGUGGCGGCCUAGCUGAGCAAAUAGUAAUCGAUUACCACAGCGUCAUCGGGUUGCCCAACGGCGUAUCGCUGAAAAGCGCCGCGCUUGCAGAACCUCUCUCCGUUGCCAGCCAUAUGAUUAGGCUGGCUAACUUCCAGGCGAACAAUAAUGUGCUUGUUCUCGGGGCGGGUCCGAUUGGCCUUGCGCUGCUUCUAUUGUUGAAGGCGUGGAACGCUGGAAAAGUCAUCGUUAGCGAGAUUGCCGCAGCUCGCGCAGAGAAAGCGAUACAAUUUGGUGCAGACAAGAUCGUCACCACAAAAGGUCCGGCAGAAGGGCCCAACGAUGCUGUCGUGGAUGCCGUCCAGGCCAUAGCAAGUGACGGCGUCGAUAUUGCUUUCGACGCCAGCGGCAUUCAAAGCACUCUGGACACAGCAUUUGCGGCCACGCGGCCCGGAGGGACUGUAUUCAAUGUCGCAAUUCAUGAAAAGGCCCUGAAACUGAAUCCGAAUGCCGUUACCUUACAGGAGAAACGAUAUAUGGGCGGGAUUUGUUAUACCGACGAUGACUUCCAUCGCGUGCUUGAGGCUAUUGCUUCGGGCAAGAUCCCAGCUGAUGAUAUGAUCACGUCAGUCGUUCCUCUGAGCGAAGCCGUCAGCGGCGGGUUUCGGGAGUUGAUUGACCACAAGGAUAGACACGUCAAGAUAUUGAUUCAGCCAGACAAAUAA